AUGCGGCCAAAGAAGGAGAACAUGGGCAGAGUUGGAAUCCUAGCUGAGGUGGCCCAACUCCUGAGGCUCAACGAUUCGAGCACAGGUGACAUAUGUGAGAUCUACAGGCAGCUAUGCCUGAAGCAGGGAUUAGCGAUCAUUGAUCUGAUCCCAAACGCGGGAAUGACAGUGAACCUCCCCCCCAAGAGGAACCUACCGCCAAAGAAGGUGUUCGCUGCGGUAGGAAUAGAAACAGUCAACCAGAACAGAGAGGUCGACUGGAUCGCAACGUGCUCGAGCCUUGAAGCAGCGGACAUCGUUCUUCAAGCAUUCGAUCGACAUGGAAAGGAUCGUGCAGGAGUCACUUUGGGACUGGUCUCAGAGAAUGACAAAAUACUGAAAUGGUUCUCAGUGCAGAUGGAAGCAACGGCGCUGCACCGGUCCUUCAAGCUUCGAGCCAAGCGAGGACCUUGGGGCAAGGGAGGGAGCCUUGCCGAGCUAUCACAGCUCCUAGCUCCUCUCCUGUGCCGUCAGGGAAGUUCUCCCGAAAUGAGAUUGAAAAAAUCUGCGCAAUCUCUUGCAGCCGCAGAGGUACAACCGCUUGCAGGCAUGCUCGUGCAGGGUGCUGGGCAGAGAGGUCGCAAGGGGCCGAGCCCGAAGACGUAUGUCGCUGUUGGGGCAAGUACGGGAACUCUCCAGCAAAAAGAGCUGGAGUGGGUGCUCAGCUCGCCUUCGACGGCAAGUUGCGAGCAGACCUUGGCCUCGUUCAGAGAGAGCGAGGCGAUGGAGGGGGUGCAUCUCACUCUCAUCAGCGACGACGCCAAGCUCAGAGAGACGUUUGCAGUCGAGCUCACAGCCGACACCUUCGUUCCUAGGGGAAAGAUCGCCAAGCAGAGGAGGGCACUUCGCGAGAGAGAUCAUGCGGGGCGCAGCAGCUUCAGAGUGCAGAUCAAGUCGAGGUCAAGCAUGAGCACAGGCCGCUUCUCGAGGAAGGAGAUGGAAGCGCUGUGCGGAGGAGGUAACACAUCGAUCACGAGAGUCAAGCGAGCCAUGUUGGAGUUAGCAAGAAGGAUAGGCGUGACGCCGGUCAGCGUCGAGGUCGAGGAGGAUCGUGACACGCUCAGCUGGGACGGAAGCUCGAUAGCUCUCUCCCUGGCGACCAAGGCAGACGCUCGACGCCUGAUGGACGACAUGCCCUUUUACUUGGAAGGGAUCCUGGAAGUCAAGCUCGAAGCGGUGGGGUUCAAGCUCAACGGGCCUCAGCAUGAGGAGGAGAGGAGCCCGAGCAGCGAGGAGCAAGCCCAAGAGCCCCAAGGGCAGCAGCAAGGCGCUGGAUGGCUGGAGCUCAGCGACAUCGACAGGAUCACCAUGGAAGCAGCGUCGCCGUCAGGGCCAGUCGAUCAACAGGUCUUGGUCGACCUCUCGACGAUGCUCUUGGAGACAUCAGAGGAGGAGCUGCUAGCUGGCAAGCCGAUCUCUCUGGAGCUAGACAAGAGUGUUGGCAAGCUGCAUGACACCUUCUGCUCGCCGGGCAACGUGGAGUUCAUGACGCUCGGAGCUUGGGCAGCCACGCCGACGCUGGGAUCGAAGCGAAACAUGUUGAAAGAAAAGCUCAGAGCGUACCUCGGCGAGCAGCGCUGGACUCGGGUGCAAGGGAACAAGGCAGCGAGGAGGGGCAGCGCCUUCUCUCCAAGGGCAGCAGCGACUGAUGCGCUCGAGCAGGAGGCCGAGAGCGAUGACAUCGAGAGUCGAUCUGUAAGCCUCUUGUUUCUUAUUUGCUGA